GUGACUUCUUACUGUAACAAAAACCGGAAGCAUGCUGUUGUGUUUGUAUUUGACAACAUUCCCGCUAUAUUGAAUGGAAGUAGAGGAAGUGUUUGUAUUUAUUUCAGUCGUUGACAAAAACUGGACAGGGUAUCUCAGUAGUCUUUUUAGGAUUUGAGUUGAAUGUUUGUGAUAAUUUUGUUAACUUGAAAUUAUAGGUAACAGUACAGUACAUUUAACGUCGACCCAUUUUUCCGAUCUGUAAGUUCCACGUGUUUAGUCAGCAACAAACAUAAUGUCCGAGAACGGCACCGCUAAAGUUCAUCCAGACGACAAAGAGGUGGUUAUAGAAGAAGAUACUGCCAUUAAACUGAAGAAAGAACUUCACCUGCACAAUGGAGUGGCUAUUAUUGUGGGAAUUAUCGUAGGAAGCGGAAUUUUCAUUUCUCCGAAAGGCGUGUUGAUGGAGUCCGGCAGCGUGGGAAUGUCUCUCAUUGUGUGGGUCCUAUGUGGGGUCAUCUCGCUGGUAGGGGCCAUCUGUUACGCUGAAUUAGGGACAAUGAUUCUGAAAUCGGGGGCGGACUAUGCUUACAUCAUGGAGGCCUUCGGUCACUUCCCGGCUUUUUUGUACCUUUGGGUUGCGAUCAUCAUCAUCAUUCCGACGGGAAAUGCUAUUACCGCUCAAACUUUUGCGUAUUAUGUGUUAGAACCCUUAUUCCCAGACUGUGAGGCCCCGGGAGAAGCGGUUACUCUUCUAGCGGCUGUUUGUAUCACUCUUCUUACAUUUGUGAAUGCAUGGAAUGUGAAAAUGGCAGCUCGUGUCCAAGAUGUGUUCACCAUCACCAAAGUCCUAGCUCUAGUCAUCAUCAUUGUCACUGGCAUGGUGUAUCUCUACAUUGGUGAUAGGGAAAGCUUUGAGGAACCAUUUAUCCACUACAAGGGGCUUGAUGCCCCCAUCUCCCUCGGCAACCUGGCUCUGGCAUUUUAUUCGGGCUUCUUCUCCUUCUCAGGAUGGAAUUAUUUAAAUUUUGUCACAGAAGAAUUGAAAAAUCCAUACAGGAAUCUACCCCGAGCCAUUGGUAUUUCCAUUCCUCUAGUGACAUUCAUCUACGUGUUGGCUAAUGUGGCCUACUUCGCCGUUCUAACACCAGCGGAGAUGAUCGCCUCCAAAGCUACUGCUGUGACUUUUGCUGGCAGGACACUUGGGGUGAUGGCAUGGAUCAUGCCAGUGUUUGUGGCAUGCUCUACGUUUGGAAGCGUAAAUGGAGCAAUAUUUACUUCAUCAAGAUUGUACUUUGUGGGUGCCAGACAGGGGCACCUGCCAGAUUUCCUAGCCACCCUGAAUAUGAAGUUUUUCACACCACUUCCGUCCCUUUUGUUUGGGUGCUUUAUGUCCUUGGUGAUGUUGUGUAGCCGUGACAUCCAGGUACUGAUUAACUACGCAGCCUUUGUGGAGACAUUGUUCAUCACCAUCAGCAUUGCUGGCCUCCUCUAUAUGCGCUAUAAAUUCCCGGAACGGGAACGACCCAUCAAGGUGUUCAUACUGCUGCCCAUUUUCUUCAUCUUCAUCUGUGUUUUCCUUCUGUUGAUGCCUCUGACAAUUGAUGCGAACGAGGUCCUCUGGGGAAUUAUCAUGGUUCUGACAGGAGUUCCUGUAUAUCUGCUGGGCAUUACAUGGAAAAACAAACCUAGGGUAUUCUCUGAAUUCAUAGACUCGUUCACAGUGCUUACACAGAAAAUACUGUUGACGGUUCGUGAAGAAAUGAAAGAGGAUUAAAGAUCUCAGAUUUAAGGAAGGGGGGUGGGGAUGGAAGAUAUUUAAGGGGGGUGGGAGAAUGGAAGAGGGAGAGAUCUGUGGCAUUCAGUGAUGGAGGAACUCCUUGUCUCGUGUACUGUGUUGCUUUCUAUGCAUCUGUUAACAGUUGACUCUAUUUUGUUCUUAUAUGCUGCUGCUCCAUGGAUUCCGUGUAAAUACCUCAGACAUUUGUGUUACUGAGCAGACUGAUUUAUGUGUAUACUAGUAGUGGCCUGUGUUCAGUUGUGUUACUGAGCAGACUGAUUUAUGUGUGUACUAGUAGUGGCCUGUGUUCAGUUGCAAUAGCAACAUUCCAUGUAAACAUACCCAAUUUUAUUCCAAGGAAUGUCCUCAAUAUUUAAGCGUAUAACAAGUCAGCCAGUUGGUUGUUCGAAUCAGAAUUUUUGCUUCUUUAAUCGCUGUCUUUAAGCUUCAUUUCCUGAAAUGUUGUUCAGUUUGUUGAAGAAGUGAAAAUUAUGUUUAUUGUCAAACUGUGUUGCAAUUGUACUAUAUUUUUUUGUAGUUCGAAAUGAGGAAAAGAUUUACUUCUCAACAAUAGAUAUUAAAACAUGUAUUUAUUCUUUAUUACCGGUAAUAUUUGUAUGAUGUGUUUUUGCCACAAUAAUUUCAAAUUUAUCCAAAAAAAGUUUUCAGUUACAUGUAUUUAUUGUACUUUAUGACAGCAUAUUUUGACCCUGUUUUAUAAUUAUGUCACUUGAUUUAAUGAUAUUUUGAAUGAAAUAUGAAUAGUGGGUAUUUCAUAAUCAUUCAAAUUUGAUAUUGCUCAAAACUUUUUUAAGAAAUCACUGCCUUCAAUAAAUCGGUGUGUAAUUCUUUGUCACAGUUUUGAUAGCAAAUUACAUGAGUGAUGCCAAACUUUUAAAUUUUGAUUUCCAGCAUUAGUACACAUCCAACAUUAUGUAGAUUUUAAGAACAUGAUAUGUAUUUAUUUUAACAGUAUGUAUUUAUUAUACCACACACACACAGGGGGGGGGGGGGGGGGGGGGGGUAUAAAGGAGUCACUUUGUCCGUCCGGUCAUCUUAUAUCUCUUGUAUUUUUUGGAUCAAAGGUCAUUUCGACAGCACACAAAUGAAAGAAACAUGUUUUGGAGAGUUAACUGAUUUUUUACCAAGGAUAAUAAAACGUCAAUCAUAGACUCCUUCUAAAUCUAUUGAUUAUUUACUGAAGCUAAAUAUUGAUUUUAACUGACAUCAAUGGUGACUAUAUGAGACAAGAAUCAAUGUUAGUGACUUUGAGGUCAAGUGAACUGGAAAACUGUUUCUAGGCUUUUCUGGGAUUUCCCAUCACACCUGGAGUGAACAUACAGACCCAUCAUGGGAUGAGGAUGAUCCAAAUUCAGGAUCAAAAGGUCAAACAAAUUGGAGAGGAAAAUGGUUUUCAGGCCAUAAGUGGUUUACCUGGAGUCGACAUAUUUCACACACAAGCUGGUGGUGGGAUAAAGACGAACCCUAUCGAUAUUUUGGUUUCCAGAUGUACUCAAUUUUGGGUGUGUCCUGCAAAGGGGGUACGAGUCCUGUUUGGGCAGCUUUAGUUUUGUCUAUUUUUGUAUGUACAUUUGUGUGUAUGCAAGUGUCAAGCUCGAUAUAUACAUGUCGAGGGACUUAAAAAAUUAUUCAGCAAUUCUACAAUUGUUAUUUAAGAAUUCUACAAUUGUUUUGCAGCAUUUAUUUUACAUACAAUGCCAGAUGAUUAUUAAGCAGUUAUACAAUUGUUAUGCAACUUUUUUGAACACAUAAGCAAUCCCAUAUUCAAUAUAAGUAAUACAUAUCUGUUGCCUAGUCAUUUUAGAUGGUGUGUAGAGUUAUCAUCGGAGGCGUGUUAUAAAAGUAUGUUUGAAUUGAUACCCAUACCCCAUACACAUCUAUAGAAACGUAGACAAUGUGAUAAAGAGCUAGACAAUUCCCAAUCCAAACUAAUGUUGACAAUCUCAACUCGGAGCGAGAAGAUGCAUUAAAUUUGUAGUAUGACAUUUUCAACAACCUAUCAUUAUGUUAUGAUAUUAUUGAAGAGCCAAACUAGUAAAAUCCACAGAAGCUUACAGGUUAACAGUGAGGUUUUAUUAGAUUUUGAGACCACAUAUUGAAAACUGAGUUUUCAAACAUCUGCAUUUGUUUUCAUUUAAAAUAUCCAUUAAAAUAUACUAAUAUUUCAUUCAAAGUUUAUACAACUUCCCAAAGACUCCCAGACUCUUUUAGAUCUGAUUAUCAUUACAAAGUAGAAAGUUGGUAGAUGGUGUUAUUUUUUUAAUAUGUAGGUUUGGUUUUUUUUUUCGAAUUUUUUCCCCCAUGUUACUUUUACGUUUUAUUAUAAAGGCACAUGCAUUUCUAAGAGGAUUACAUGUUAAAUAACUUACUAGUCAUGUCGGUUAAAAGUUCUUAGCAAUAUUAGUUUGUUUAUACUCUCUAAUGUAGUCAUUUCAGUCUGGCUUUAGAACUCAAAACUACGCACUGGCAGUUUCUUAGUACUGAUAUCUUUUAGUCUGCAUUGAUACAAUUUUGAGCUCAAAAAGACAAAGAUGUAUGAAAAUUGUGUAUUUAUGCCUUAACCUUUGUAAGCUACCUUUAUUGCACAUAUUUAUUUUACAUGUAUUUGAUGUGUUUAUACUAAAAGCUUAAUUCAAUAUUCUCCCCUUUUAAUAAUGGUGAUUGUUUAUCUGUCUGUAAUUUCUGUGUUUUAUACAGUGUUAGAAAAUUGUAAUUUAAUGUUUUGUGUUUUACAUGUUUCAACAUUUACACUUUUCAGAUGUUAUGAUAUUGCAGAUCAAGAACUGUAUUGCAGUAUAAGUGAAAAUUUCUGUAUUCUAAUGCAAUUUUUUUAUGUUAAUUAAGCUUUUAAAAAUUGUAAUGAAUAAAAGAUUUGUAUACACAGACA